AUGAUCUCUAUCGAUCUAGACAAUAUCAUCCAUUACCACCCUCCUCCCAUUCCAAGACCCCCUUGCAAACCACCACACCUACCUACUUCCUCUCGUGGUUCUUCCCACCCUCCUUCAAAUCCACCCAUCCUAAUCCAUCCUCUACCCCCGCGUCCCCCGCGUCAUUCUCAUGAGUCGCCGCAAACACCUCAUCCUCGUCGACAGACCACUUCUUCUGUUGUGUCAUGUUUGCCUAGCGAUCACGAUGCCCACGCGCGGACUAAAUUGGCGCAUCUAAACGAUUUUGAUAAAGAAUUAGCCGACUUCGAUUUGGCCGGGAUUGAGAGCCAAGAGACUUCGGAAUUGCGCAUUGGAGGCGGCGAAGAGAGUCAAGUAGAGGCCAUGAACAGCGUCCAAAGAACGGAGCUGGAUGAUCCAUACGAUGACUCCCACUCCAACGAACGCCACAGGGACGAUUUACGGCUCCUGUCUCAGGACCUUACUGCGCCACAAGAUACCGCCACCUCCCUAGGUGCUGCCGAGACGGACCUCUCGUCAACAUCUAUUUCACCGAACGAGCAGUCUCCCAUUCAAAAUCCUUCAUCCGUUGAGCAUAGAGAAAACCAGCUUUCCCUUGUGGACUGUGAAACAGUAGCGAACAGCGUGGCGGCCGAUGAACCGUGUCAUACAUUUACUAGCCAACGCGACUGUGACAUUCCAAGAGAUCAGUCUCCAUAUCACAACCCCAGCACACCUGUUCCAGCUAGAGACGAAACGGAGCCUGCAAAUCAGCGACUCUUUGGGUACAGCUCUGAGGCAGGUACAGAGCCUGGAAAAUCUAGACCUACACCCGUUACGGAAGCACACUCCAUUCAGUCACAAGCCACGGACCCUACAGCGAGUCACAACGGCUAUUUGGAAGCGCCGAGCGACGGCAACGAGGUCGGUUCGACAGUUUGUCAGCUUGACGAAGCAUUAUCUCGUCCUAUCUCGCCUGUCCUGCAACAACAAAAGCGGGCGGGUUUAAGACCAGGCGGAGAGGAUUCACCUAGAGAUCUACCUAGGUCGUGCUCCGUAUCAGUUGUUAUCCCUGAACCCCAGUUCAAUGGGCUGGGAAUAAAAAGAUCUACUAGGGCCGGCCGCGCACGCUGCACAGGGAAAAGGAGAAUUCGAGACAAGUCCCCUUGUGAUAUUGAUAGCGAUGACCCUGAUGAUAUUGACUAUACGAAUGGGAACGAUUCUGGUGUUGGUGACAUCGCUGCGUUGCCACGCCCAGCGAAGAGCCAGAGACGAGCUGCUGCAAUAAAGAUCCAACCUCGGUUUCGACAUCAAAGCCCGCAUCCUGAGUUCUCCUCACUAGCUCGGCCACAGGAGCUAUUCGCAAAUCCAUGUCCCGUCACAAGUUUGCAGGAUAUAGAAACCAUUCCUGUCCGAGUCUUCCUCACACGGCAAACUUUUCUAUCAAAAGUUGUCUACUCGUGCACCUUCGAAGAAGAUAGACAGCCUUGUUCGCAUGGAACUUCAAAAGCUCCCUCGUACAGCGAAAAUAUGGGUCAGAAUGGACACACCGAGCAACUCAGCAACAGAAGGUCAUCUGCCCGUACAACGCGUUUCCUGCCUGUUGAGGACGAACUCUUGGUUGAAUUAAAGGAAAGGCGCUGUCUUCCAUGGAAUCGGAUUGUGAAGCAUUUUCCAGAGAGGACGAAGAAUUCUCUACAGGUCCGUUAUAGCACGAGGCUUAAGGACCGAGGCACCGAAAGUCUCAAGCGAGAUCGGAGUGGAAGGAUUAAACCUGCAGCUACCGCAGCGGCUGCUCACCAAGAGGCAUGUGGCCAACAUUCUAUAUCGCGAACGGCAAGUAGCAGGAGUGUUGAUGCGGACUUACCGACCAGGCAACGAUACGGUCCAUCUCGAGCGAGGCGCGCAGUCGACCGCUUUUCACCGGCCUAA